AUGAACUACAGCUUCUCCCCAAGACGGGACAAGAACGAGACCGCACGGGCAAUCAUUCAUGCCUUCAAGGCUCGAUCGAUGCUGGGAUAUCCCGCGCGACAGUGGGAGAGCCAGCAGCCCACGGACAGCCUUGGGGGCGGCGAACCAACAAUCCACGCACACCCCCCACUCUCGCGUCCCCGAAGCGAGGAGUGGGAUCUGGGAACAGGCCAGAGAGAAAACAUUUGGCGCAGUUCAUCCGAAAAGUGGUGGCGGCGGCGCGCGCUCACUCGGACAACCCGCCGAGGUCGAUGGCGAGGGAGGACGACCAGCAGCGGCAUCAACAGCGGCAGCGCCGGCAGCAAGGCGACCUGA